CCAGAGCUCAACCCACGUCACCACGGGCACACGAGCGACUCUCCCAAACAUCUCCUCGCCCCGACAGCCACGGCCCAACUUGGCUCUUCGCAAUCGGCCGACACAAGCCACGACACGCCUGAAAGAGCAAAAAGGAACACAAUGGCUGCUCAGCUGCUGAGGCAGGCGGCUCGCGCCGGCGCACAAGUCCGAGCCCCCAUGGCGACUGCAUCCCGCGCAUUCCAGACCAGCGCUGCAUUGAGGCAGGACGUCGUUGCUGCGCCUGUCAAGAAGCCCGUUGGUGCUUUUCGCGGAGGGCUCUUUGGAUUUCUCCUCGGUGCAACAACAUCCGGCGCAGGCAUGUACUACUACGUUAUCGACGAAUACCGCGUCUCGAACCAGCUCUUGACCGAGGACAUCUACGCGCUUCAGUCCGCCGUGCAACGGAUAGAGGGCUACGUCCGCACGCUCGAGGAGAAGGUCGACGCGAAAAAGCGAUAAAUCCCUGCUAUGCCUGCUUCUCGCUGAGUGAUCGACAAUCUUUUGGCCGAAACCCGGUGGGACACAUGGCAGACAACGGCAGUCGACAUUCGACACUACACAUCAGGAGACCCCGGCACAGUGCGACGGAUAUGUACAAUACCACAAUCAUCUUUGUUCGCUUCACUUGAAAUUGCAACUUCAUGGCGAGCAUCCUGUUUCUCACGGGCUUGUUUGCUUGGCCGUAAUGCUGAUCAUCGGUGUACACAAUGAGUAAUGAUCAAUUAAUUCACAGC